AUGGCAACAAUCCAUCUUCCCCCCGGCUUCAAGAUCGAUCAUACCCAAAUCGGCAGGAAGCAAAGGGUACCAGACACACAACCAGCACCGCUUGGUGUCCUAGCAAAGCUCAGUGGAAGCUUCAACGGGACCGGAUUAAACACAAUCUUUCGCCCCAACAGCGGACCACCACCACUAGGAACAUCAUUCCCAGAUUCUGUCAAUCCGGUUCCCCCAACCUUUCCUAGCGACAAUGUCUUGGAGCUAAAUUUAACAACUGAGACCAUAACCUUUACUCAGCCCCUAUCCAAAAUAGCCAACCGGGGAUUUGGAUCGCAGGCCGACAUUUUUCUGAAUGGCGUGGCUUAUAUGCAGACCGUCAACGACGUGGCAAACAUUGAGAAUGGAGGACGUGAUGGUACUCCCGUUGGUAUUCAUUUCGAGACGGGAAUGUGGUUGAAUAUCCCAUCCACAGACAAUACUCCUGUCCUGGCCGAUUCUCUUGUACGAAUGGCAUCUAUUCCACAUGGCACAACCAUCAAUGCUCAAUGCUUUCAAUGCUUAGCACCUGUAAGCACAACCCAAGGUCCACCACAGAUCUCACCAGUGAACCUGAAACCCUUCGGCGUGGGUGAAAUAAACCCAAAAAUCAAUCUUAACGCCCUAGACGUUUCCAAUGCGGAUACUCCUAGGAUUCCACAGGAUCUCUCGAAAUUCGUCACGGCAGGCACAAUCACCCAAGCAAUCUUAGAUGAUCCAAACACGGUCUUACGUGAUGCAAUCCAAGGACAGAACAUCACCCAGACAAUCGUUUUCACCGUGUCUACGAGCCCUCCGGCUCCAGAAUUCGGUGGUGGAACGGCGAAUAUCGCUUUCUUACUCGGCAACCCUGCAGCACAGAUGCCCAAUUCCAAUGCGUUACAGAUGGACGCUACCUUCUGGAUUGAGACGGUGGAAUAUUCUCUUGUUGUUCCUGCCUAUAAACCUGGACAGGCACCGAUGGAAAUUCCUGCCCCGGCUUUAGCAUCUGGCCAGCCUGGUCCGGUGUUCCUUGUUCAUCCGCCAUAUGAAAUCACUUCGCCUAAGAAUAUCACGGUCACUUCGAUACAAAUUCAGUAUACUCAGGUGGUGUUUAUGAACUUCGAUAAAAUUACCUGGCCACAUAUUUCGGUUUCCACACUUGUUCCGGCCGUGCCGGUGCCAGUGCCAGAUUCUGUCUGGGAUUUACGAGAGAAUGAGGUUGCGACUGGAAAACUGUAG